CUAGACAAGGCGCCUUCGUCAUUACCAAAACACUGAAACCUUUGAUGGACUAUUUCGAAUUUCGAUUGAAAAAUUCGAUCAAAUGGAAUGAAAACAGCAAAAAUCAUACAGAACAAUUAACUGGUGCAUGUGUAAAAAUUGAUGUAAUCCUUGAUGCAUACAAAAGUCCUGACAACAAGUGAAUAAGGAAAGAAUUACCGGCCUAAGGACAAGAAGGCAAUCGAUAAAACAUGGCCGCAGUGGCAAUCGCAAAGCCUAGAAAGAAACCAAAAUCUGACCGCGUUGAGCCUUUCGAUGAUACAGCAUCAGAAGCCAGUUUGCCCUCGAUUUCUCAGAGAAAUUCAAGACCUGGAAGUGCAUGGAGUGCAAAGGAUGAAGAUGAAAAUGGAAACGUUUCCAUUAAUGGCGAAAGCUCAGAAAUUGAGAAGAAAGCAAAAAGAGAGGACAUCUUAAAUGAACAAGAAAGGUCAUCAAUAAAUGGCAGCAGGGGUAUGCUGCAAAAAAUGAGGAAAAAUGUUGUUGCCCCAGUUGAUGAGGAACCAACUGGAAGUGACUCAAUUACUAGAAUAAAUGUCAUUGGAAAAAGAGAUGUACCUGAAGCUUGGGAUAAUCCUGCACACGAGGCAGAUUCGGAUUCCAUUGCUUCAAGCCGACCAGGCUCUGCACCUCUCUACAGACAGCCUAAACCUGCAGCAUCAAGGCCAAUUUCAGCUCCUCAGGGAAGGCUAGUAAAGCAAACAGGGAAGGAUGGCCCAUACAAGCAUACAGAUACAGACAUAGUGGAGGAGUCAGCACUACCAAAGAAUAGACCCUCAACAUCUCAAUCAGUUGGUAAAAGAGCUGGAGUUGAAAGCUCUCUUUCAAAGCAUGAAUCAGUUGCCAGUUAUACAGAAAGUCGAGCUAUGAGCAGAACUGGCAGCCGGGAGGGUCAGUUAUCAACAAAAACAGCCAGUUCAGAGUCAAUGCUUGCCCCUCCAGUGGCAUCUGGUGAGCCUCAAGCAUACAUUCCUUAUGACUAUGCCAAAGACUGCAUCGCUAAGGUUGUUGACAACAUGAAACGAAUGAAGGGAAAUCACUUGAAAGUGGUUGAGAGGAUCCAAGACCAAUACAAAGUCAUUGAGGAACACACUCAGGGUCAGUUCAAUGAUUAUGUGAUAAAACUGAGAAUGGAGUACAACGAGAAAGUUGGCACGUUUAAAAGAAUUAUCGAGAUUCACCAAGCGGAACUUAAGAAGAGUCAGGACUUUUGGCAAAACAGUGUCAAGAGCUUGAAAGAGAAAAACAAGAUGCUCCUGGAGGACAGGAAAAAAUAUCUCACAAAGUAUAAAGAUGAAAUCGAUAAUCUGGAAGAAGAAAAGGUCACAAGUGUGAAACACUUGACUAGACUUCUGGAUCAAAAGCAUACAGACUACCUGAACGUUCUGAAUAAGCUAAAAGAAGAAGAAACGAAACGAGAAGAACUAGAAAGUAACUUAAGGCAAGAAUCAGAAAAGGAAGAAGAACUUCAAAAGCAAAUUUCAGAGGGACAGAAGAAAAGUGGAGAUGAAAAAGAGCGACUGGAGAAGGAGCUGGAGGAAAAAUCAGCUAACGUGGUUGCCUUAGAAAGUGAAAAAGACAAAGCUGAAACCACGUUGAAAGAUAAAGAGGAUGAAAAUAACAAGUUGAAAGAAAGCAUCUUAGAAUUAGAAGCAAAACUGAAGGAGUUUGAAAAUAGGCCGUUGGCUACGGUGGGUGUUGUCACGUCAGCUUCUCUUCUCGAAAAGGACACCGUGAAGGAGACUGAUGUCCAGAAAUCCGAGGCUCAAAAUGAAGCAGCGACCAUGGCAACCUCGACGACUGGACUUGUUGUGGCUGGAAUCACAACGGAGGAGUCGAAUCGGAUGGAGAAACGAAUAAAAGAGCUGGAAAAUGAGUUGAAUGAGACAGAGAAAGCAAUCAAGAAAUUCGAGAAGGAGAAUACAGAGCAAAGCGAGGCUAUUCUAAAGCUGCGAAGCCAGUCUGGAAAUAAUGAUAUGGCAGUUAUAGAGCUCAAACGAGAAAAUGAGAGCUUGAAAGAGCGCCUUAAGGUGGCAGUUUCACAAAUGGCUGACUCAAUAGACAUUGGUGAUGUCAAAAGCCGAAUGGAGGCUGCAAAUGCUGAAAAGGCCGAUCUUGUAAACGAGAAUAACGGAUUUAAGGAGCAGCUUGAAAAGUGGAAAGCAGAGUUCCGAGAAGAGCAUGAUGGGAAGGAGCCGGCAGAGGAUGACAGAACGGAAGAAAUCGAAGGCCUAGUCCAAGAGAUCAAGUCAAAUGACGAGAAGCUUCGUGCAAUGAAUGCAGAUAUUGCUGUAAUGAAACUGCUGCUUGGAGAACCCGUAGAUUCUGAUGACGGAAAGGAGAGUGAUUCUUCUGACGGCAAUGAAGAGAUAAUAAAGAAAUUAGUCGAAGAGAAAAAUUCCCUCCUUGAUGAAUUGGAUGAUGUUAAGAGAGAAGCACGUGGGGUCAAAGAAGAACUCGAUGAGCGAAAUGACGAAAAUGCAAAUUUGAAAGAAGAGAUACAAAAGUUAGAGAGCGAGAAAGAAGAACUAGAGGCUAAAAUUGAAGAGCUUUCGAGAGCAAGGCCAGGGGAGCCAGUCAUCGUGGCAGGGGUGUCAUCAGAUAUCUCUGUUGCUGCAAGUGGAGCAGAGAGCGAGCAUGAUUCGGCGGAAUCUGAGGGCCUCAGAGCUGAAAUCGAGGAAUUAAACAAAUCACUGGAGCAGAAGCAAAUCGAAUACGAGACUAUCGUUGUGGAACUUAAUUCGAAGAUUGAAGAGUCACAAAAAUCAAUCGAGACUACAAUGCAAGAAAGAGAUAACUUUAUGAUGACGAUACAAGAACUAGAAGGAAAGAUGGAAAAUGAGCAAAUCAAUUUUGAUGCGCAACUUGCCCAUAAACUAAAGGAAAUUGAAGCCUUUAAGUUGAAAAUAGAAGAGCUUGAGGCGCAGAGAUUGUCAAACCUACCAGUUGAUGCUGCGGAGGAGGUGAAGGCCCUUCAAACUAAACUGAAAACGUUGGAAGAUGAAAAGGAAUCAAUGGAGAAAGGCAGUUUGGACAGCAAAGCGACAGCUGCUUCACUGAAUUUGAAUAUAGACAAGCUGAAUAAAAUGAUCGAGAAAGAGAAGGCGAGAAAUGAACAGCUACAGACUGAAAAGCAGAAAUCUAAGGACGAAUCUGAUAAGAAGAUAAAAGAUCUUGAACAGAAACUCACAGCAGCAACAACAGCAGCGGCAGCAUCACGAAAACAAAGCAGAAGUUCAAAGGAAGACACCGCUAAUACGAAAGCCUUGCAAAAGAAGGUCGACAAUUUAGAAAAGCAAUUGGCCCAAGCCAAGGAGAAAAUCGCCCAGGCAGCACAAACGCCAGUAAAAGAAACAAGAGAACCAAAGGGUCCAAGUUUAGCGGAAGAAAAGCUAAAGAAGGAGAACGACAAACUAAAUGAGAAAAUUGAAGCAUUUAAAAAGGCGUCCAAGGAAGACCGUGACAAAAUCAAAACUCUUCAAGUGGAAAUCAAAGAAGUCAAAGAAAAAGCAGCCAAAGCCGGCCCUUCAGCUGAAGAUAGAAUGGCUGCUAAAAAGCAAGAAAAGCAAAUGAAAGAUUUGCAAAAGAAUCUAGAAACAGAGAAGAAAAGAACUGAUAAAUUAAAAGAGGAUUUGACCAAAACGGAAGAAGAUUUGGCGAACCUUAAAAAGGAACUUUCAGAAGCCAAUUCUGAGAAUAAAAAGAAGGAAGAUGAACUUUCAAAACUCGGCGUUGCUGCAAAGCAAGGUGCAGAGGCGAUGGCAAAGGUUGAAGAGUUGCAAGUGACAUGCAAGACCUUAACGGAUGAGAAUAAAACACUGACUGAGAAUUACAACAGUGAAAGGGUUUUAAGGAAGAAAUAUUACAAUAUGGUUGAAGACAUGAAAGGCAAAAUCAGAGUAUAUGCUAGGUGCAGGCCACUAAGUACCUCUGAAAAAGAGAGAGGAAACUACAGCGCUGUGAAGUCGCCUGAUGAAUACUCUCUUAUCGUGGACACUCAUAGAGGGCCUAAGGAAUUCCAGUAUGACUCUGUGUUCAUGCCUGAUUCAACGCAGGAGAAAGUUUUUGAAGAUACGAGCAUGUUAAUCCAGUCUGCUGUUGAUGGGUACAAUGUCUGCAUUUUUGCCUAUGGUCAGACUGGCUCUGGAAAAACAUUUACGGUUAUUGGUGACAAGGAACAAAGGUUUCCUGGAAUUGCUCCACGGGCAUUCCAGAACUUGUUUCAACUGUUGGAAGAAAACAAGGCGAAAUUUGCCUUCAAGGUUGAGCUGUACAUGAUGGAGUUGUAUAUGGACAGACUCAUAGAUCUGUUUGCAACAAACAAAGAUGCAAAACUGGAUAUCAAGAAGGACAAAAAGGGUAUGGUUAUUGUGCAAGGUGCAGUGAUCCACGAAGCCAAAAAUUCAGAGGAGCUUAUGAGUUUGUUUGAAAAAGGCUCUUCCACUCGACACGUCUCUUCAACAAAAAUGAACGCUGAAUCCUCAAGAUCACAUUUGAUCAUAAGUAUCAUCAUCGAGGCUACAAACCGGACAACUGGGACCGUAUCAAGAGGAAAGCUGAGCUUGGUCGAUUUGGCUGGGUCUGAAAGAGCGGCAAAAACUGAAGCAUCUCCCGAGCAGCUUAAGGAAGCUCAGUCAAUCAACAAGAGUUUGAGUGCACUUGGUGACGUCAUUUCUGCUUUAUCUAGCGAGCAGUCCUUCAUUCCGUACCGUAAUAAUAAGUUAACACUCCUUAUGCAGGAUUCACUUGGUGGAAAUGCCAAGACUCUUAUGUUUGUCAACAUUUCUCCUGCUGACUAUAACACCGAUGAAACAAUUACCUCCUUGACAUACGCCUCCAGAGUGAAGCUGAUCACAAACGAUGCAAGUAAAAAUGCUGAAAGCAAAGAGGUCGCAAGAUUAAAGGGAAUUAUCACUAAAUUGAAGAAGGGAGAGAAUGUCGAAGAGGAAGUGGCAGAUGAAUAAACCAGAGCUGGCAGAGAAAGCUGGCUAUUUUGGCAAAGAUUGUGUACUCAUCAAUGCAAUUCAUAGACAUUUUUCAUUUAAACUUCAUCAGAUCAGGUAUAAUGAUGAUAGAAUAUGUCACGCUUAGUUAUCACCUUUGAAACCAAUACAGACACCUUUUGAAAAUGCCACUGCUAGAAUCAAACCAGUUGUCUUACCCCACAACUCCGAAAUUCCCCAAAAGUUGUAACCCAAUCCUGAAAACUUAAAGACUACACACCAUUUGUCAAUACGCUUUUCUCUUUUAGAAGACCACUGCUAUGAAACGCUAUUGUUCCUUAAAAACUUCCAUAGCUCAGCCAAUACUACUUCAACCAGUUACUUUUUUAUAACACAACCUGUUAGUGAUGACAUCACUGAAAAACAGCUUUUUUAUUAAAUAGAAACAAGUUUUUGUCUAGGCUAUGCAAGAUCGUAGUUGGCCUCCGUUAUGCAGUCAUGUCCAGAGACUUUGACUUCCAUUCACCCUUUCUGUAAUAUUCCCGAUUUUUAUCUCAGAUUUGUGUCUUUUACAGGAAUUGAAUUGCAUUGUAUGUGUAUUUGUAAUAUAUUGCCUUGCGUCUGUAAAUAUUGGUUGCAUAAACAACUGUACGAGUUUCGAGUGAUUAUUUUGAUCUGUGUGAAGAUGGGAAAUAGUAUUAACUAAUUUUUUUAAUUUAAUGUACAUAGACACGAGUAUAUUUUAUAAUAAUGUAAAUUAUGAUAAUUUAUGAGCAUUAUUUAUGUAGCAUCGGUAGCAUCUCAGUUUUUCAUCAUCACAAAAUACUUG